CGACAGCCAAUAUGGCGGUGGCUAUUUUCGGAUCGGACCUCUUGUGCAAGGCAUGGGUAGAUUGCUGUGUUAUGUACAUGUAAACAUUAGAGUAUUACUUUCCUUGGUUUGUAAUAGCGUCUAUUCGGACAGGAUGAGCAAAGUUUCCCACAUCGACUGAUUAAGAUCUAUCCAAAUGGAGCCAAAAGAAACGACAAGUCAGUCCGAUGCAUCUACCUCGGGGGCUGCCCCUGCCCCUGUCCCUGCCCCCGUCCUCCCCCAGGAUGUCCAACACGGGGCAGGGGUCGAGGCCCCACCCACCUAUGAAGAAGUCAUGGGCUCAAAUCAAUCGUCCGUUAUCGAAGGACAACCAGAGUUACCUCCCCUGGCUUACAUCGACAUCAUGCCUCGCUUCCUCAACGCAGGGAACAUGCGUGCGAACAUUGCGCCAGUCUUCCAGAAGUUCAGUGACAUUAUGCAAGGCGCAAAUCUGUGGCUUCAGGCGAACCCUGGCCUGGAGUGUUGGAAGUGCGAGACUGUUGAGAGGAAGGUGGAUAAGGGUCCUUAUAUAGACCUGGAGUCUAUGAAAAUUCACAAAUCUACUUACGGCUUUAAUGUCUACGUACUAGGACUGAGAAUGUGGUUAACUCGGAAGCAGAACAACUCACCUCCACAACAACUCGGACUUCAGAAUGUUGUGCCUGCCACAAAGGAAGUGGAAAUACAGGCAUACCAGUACCAUGACAUGUGCCACAACCCCCAGAUGUAUUACCUUGCCCAAAGAAGGGUGACGGAUGUCAUCACAACGUUUGAAGGACUUGCUAGCACAAUCGAUACGUUAAAUGAAGACCUGAAGAAGUCGCCGCUACAAGGGUCAGUCCUAAACAUCGAGACAGCAAACAUAAAGUAUUCAGGAUUCGCUACCGACCGUGACCCAGAGAAGACAAGCUUUGUUGAACUUGGAGCAAACAGAAUGGGAAUGUUUAGACGAAAUUGUCAGAUUAUCAGGAUCUUCUAUGUCCUCGGGGCGCCUAAAUAUGAAGAAAUACACAUGCAAGACAUCGUCCCAGAGAUCGUCAGACAGUCUGGACUUGUUGGUAGUGCGGUAUUUGAACCGUUCAGUGGAGCUAUACUUAAGGCACAAAUGUGGCUUCAACAACAAUCAGGAAUAAAGGUUGUGAAUAUCGAGACCCGAGAUGUACGCUCACACGAGAAUAUCGUGAAACUGGAAACAACCGUCAACUCCGACUCGACUGAUGAUUUCGAUGGAUCAAUUUGGUCCUGUAAAUACGUCAAGAUGUUGCGCAUCUUUUACGUGAAAUCCCCGGAAAUGACAUCAUACGCCUCCACCAAGCUGACGUCACGCCUCUUCCCUCCAUUACGCCUCGGUGUUAAGACGUUCGAAACCAUGUCCCAGACGAUGGCCAGGAUAGCAGCCUGGCAUUCCGUCACGCGUUUGCCCAUAUUUGGAGUAGAAACUGUGCACUACCCCUUUGUCGACAACAACAACAUCGGGUUUAACCCUGAGAGGUCUGACUACUCCACGUCGAAACACACGGGCAUGACACUGGUCACGGCAAUCAGACUCUACUUUCCUACGUUUUAUGAAGAGCCUCCUCGCCACCUGCUUCCCCCUACAUUGGACUGGCUCACACAAGGUGAGGGUCGUGGGACACCAGUAUGCAGCAUAUUAUGAUCCCCACUGUUUUCACUUUGGUCACGGAUUUAAAGGCAAAUCGGAGGAUGGCUACAGUCGCCGAAUUCGUGAUCUCACAUUUCUGCUGUGGAGGUCAUAUCAGGGUUUAAAUAUGUUUUUUUCAUAAUAAGGCAUUUUUCUAUGUUUUGUGCGAAAUGACUGAGAUGCUGACGAAACGGUGUUUAAUUAAGUUAAUGUAACUGCAUUAAUUCUGAUUUUUUUAUGUGAAUGCCAUUGAGAGUAACGGUCUCCUGUCUUGAUGGUGGAGAACUGUAACAUUCAGCGUACUUUGAUUGUAAGAUUUGGUGCCUUGGAACUAUUGCGUGUGUGUUAGAUUCAAAAUGAUAAUUAAUUAUAUUUUAAGAUGACGAAAACAGUAGUGCUCUGAUUUAAAGAUUGUUUUUAAGGCUUGGCGGUCACCUGAUCCAUCCUUUUGCUUGUUUGUGCAUAUAUAAAAACAUAAUCAAUUCCAAUGCACAUACGCACAUGACAUUGUAACAGAUGUGUUUUAAAAUACACAGAUUGAGGUCCUUACAGGGAAGUCUUGGCUCGUCAGUUCGAAGGGUCGAGUUUAAUUCCCCACAUGAAUACUAAGCCCAUUUCCCCGUGAUGGAUAGUUAAUGCGGCGUAAAACUCUAAACACUCACUCAAAUAAAAAGCGAAACUGUUUACUGUUGGAAUAGCCGUUGGUGAAACAGUUUUGAGAAAUAUUCUGAGCAGAUUAUUUUAGGAUAAAUCAUCUGAACUUUUUUUCAAAUAAAAAUGGUGAUGAUGAAAAGGGUACGAACUUUUGAGCUAGAGGGUACCAAAGUUCUUUAUUUUAUUAUGUCAAUACAAUCUAUACUACUCAGGAAUGUAAGUAUUUCGAACAGUACAAGUUAACCCGCUUUUUCUUUUUUAAGCUAAAAUACACACUUACAGACGCAUUUUUCUCAAACUAAACCAUUAUUUUUGUCAAUCGUUCACGUAUCCCGGCUGAUUAUUUGUUAUUUCUUGUUACUGCUGACUUGCUUGGUGUUUUAGAUAAAAUUAAUCUCUUAUACAUUAUAUUUAUGUUUGAGAAUAUAUAUUUGUUGAAAUAUUGUUCAAAAUAAUAAAAAUUCUA